AUGAAGACAACAGACGCUAUAGUCAAUCCAAAAGAUGCCGCAGAACAGCAUUCCAUAGGCCAAAAUGAGACCGCCUCUCUGCAACUGGACCCAGAGAGGCUAACAGGCUUCUUGGAUUUCUGCAUGAAGCAAAGUAAUUAUGAUACUUUGAGCCGGGUCAUUGAACAAGUAGCAGUGAUAGACGAUGGGGAAGUGGAUCUCCUGAGGGUGAACACAGCACCAAAAAGAAACACAAAACACAAGAAAACCAAAAAAGCAUUCAAAACCAAUGCUCACAAGAAAUGGGAGAUGACUGUAGCCCAUUUACUGAUCCCCAAAAUGUUUGGUGCCAAAGAUUCUUUUUGGAAUGCCAUCCAGGUGUUGCACCCCUUCCUCAAGGUGAAUUUUGCAGCAGACUAUGACUGUUAUUCCAGAAUGUUUCAAAUAUUUGCCAGUAAAGAUGAAAUCUCAAAUCUGAACAUGCCUAACCCUGAUAAUAUGAAGCUAGAUGCGCUGGCUUUUUGGAGCAGUCAUCAAAACACACUUCCCAUCUCCAGCAAAUUGGCAAGGCUGGUGAAAUGGGAAGGUUGCCUAGAUGCUGAUGAAGAAAACGUGAAUUUUGCCAGAAGGGAUGAGCUUAACCAGACCCACAGCGAGGAAAAAGAGGAACAAGAUGCCACCAUGACCCUUGAGUUUAAUGUCUCCCACCAGGAUCCAGGAUAUCAAUCCAAGGCUCACAUGCAAGGUGCCCAGAUCAAACUGAUCACCACUUGGGAAGCUGGAUGGAAUGUUACCAAUGCCAUUCAGGGAAUUUUUGUUCUAGGAUUGCCAUAUGCUCUUCUCCACAGUGGAUACAGUGGGCUGUUUCUUAUUAUCCUGGCUGCAAUGUUCUGCUGCUAUACUGGCAAAAUUCUAAUCGCUUGCUUGUACGAAGAAAAUGAAGAUGGGCACCUCAUAAGAGUGAGAGACACAUAUGAAGACAUUGCUAAUGCCUGCUGUAAAAAGCGAUUUCCCAAACUAGGUGGCAUAGUUGUCAAUGUGACCCAGGUGAUGGAACUGAUCAUGACGUGCAUUUUGUAUCUGGUUGUUAGUGGGAACUUGCUGUCACAUAGUUUUCCAUAUUUACCAGUGACGGAGAAAACUUGGUCUGUAAUUGCGUUUGUAACAUUGCUGCCUUGUGUGUUUAUCAAAACUCUCAGCAUUGUUUCCAAACUCAGCCUGCUUUGCUCCUUAGUCCAUUUCAUUAUCAUCUUCAUAGUGAUGAGUUACUGUCUGACACAAAUACAUCAGUGGUCUUGGACAAGAUUUAGACUCUCCAUUGAGUUUGAGGAUUUCCUGGUCUCAGUGGGGGUGAUCAUUUUCAGUUACACUUCACAAAUAUUUCUUCCUACUCUUGAAGGGAACAUGAAAAACCCAAAGGAAUUUAGCUGUAUGUUGAACUGGACUCACUUUUUUGCUUGUCUCUUCAAGACAGCCUUUGCACUGACUGCAUUCCUGACCUGGGGUGAAGAGACAAAGGAAGUUAUUACUGACAACCUGCCAGCAUCCCUGAAAACCCUGGUGAAUUUGUGCUUCUUAGCCAAGGCUCUUCUGUCUUACCCAUUGCCCUUUUUUGCAGUCACAGAAAUACUGCAUGCUUGCAUAUCUAGCAGUAAUCAUUCUGAUUACAGAGCCCCUCUGUUUAUUGUAGUUUUAAGAGGCUUGGCCCUCUUGUUUACUCUGCUGAUGGCCAUGUUCAUACCACAUUUUGCUCUGCUGAUGGGUUUAACAGGCAGUGUAACAGGUGCUGCUAUGACUUUUCUUCUUCCUUCUCUUUUCCACUUAAAACUUAAAUGGGGAACGUUAGCGUUCCUGGAGAAAGGUGCAGCCAUUUCUCUUUUUAUUGUGGGUUUCCUUUGCAGCUUAGCAGGUAUAGUCUGCUCAAUAAAAGGGCUGAUUGAAGCAGUUGGAGGAAUGUAG